ACAUUUGUAGACAAUAUGGCUGAUAAUAUAACUAAAAAAUUCACUUGGGGCACGGCCACCGGCGAUUGGGUUCACGGCAUCAGGGGCCUGGACCGCGGGAAGGCGCACUCGGUGGAGCGGCAGCCCACUGACUGUCGGCAUCUCAGGAUUCUAGGACAGGUUGGACAUUCUGUCACGAUGCCUGAAAUCAACACCAACCAUCUCGAUGAGCAGCAGGUUCAGCUCCUGGCAGAGAUGUGCAUUCUUAUUGAUGAAAAUGACAAUAAAAUUGGGGCUGAGACCAAAAAGAAUUGUCACCUGAAUGAAAACGUUGAGAAAGGAUUAUUGCAUCGAGCUUUUAGUGUCUUCUUAUUCAACACUGACAAUAAACUCCUGCUACAGCAGAGAUCAGAUGCUAAAAUUACCUUUCCAGGUUGUUUUACCAAUACUUGUUAUAGUCAUCCCUUAAGUAACCCAGGAGAGCUUGAAGAGAAUGAUGCAAUUGGAGUUAGGCAAGCAGCACAGAGGCGUUUAAAGGCCAAAUUGGGAAUUCCCAUGGAACAGGUUCCUCUAGAAGAAAUUAAUUAUCUGACUAGAAUUCACUACAAGGCUCAGUCUGAUAGUAUCUGGGGAGAACAUGAAAUUGAUUACAUUUUGUUUGUGAGAAAGAACGUGACUUUGGAUCCAGACCCCAAUGAGAUUAAAAGCUAUUGCUAUGUGUCAAAGGAAGAAGUGGAAGAAAUGCUGGAAAAGGCAGCCAGCGGUGAAAUUAAGAUAACUCCAUGGUUUCAAUGUAUUGCAGAAACUUUUCUCUUUACAUGGUGGGAUAACUUAAAUAAUUUGAAUCAGUUUGCUGACCAUGAGAAAAUACACAGAAUGUGAAUGUGGAGAUGAAUGAUUAGUAAAACACGAAAAAUGUCUCUACUUAGUAAACUUAAAAUGAUUUUUUAAAAAUUGGGAUCCCCAGUAGAAUUCUCAUUGGAUACACUGGUACUUUACAACCCGAAUUUGUGUGGAAAAGAUGCUGACAAUUCUUACUUGUAUCACACACCCCACAUAUAUGCACUCCUAUUUGUAAAGGACAUUUAUGAAAGAUUAUUUUUAAAAAGCAAAUCAACUAAACUUAACCUGUCUAAACA